AUGGCGCUGGACGGUGCACAAUCAAGAAUCGCUGGCAAACACGAUGUGUUCGAUGGCUGCAAUGGCCUGGCAGACAAGGGCGCGCGUAUCCCGUCAGUGUUGGUCCAACCGCGCACCAACCAAAAAGAAGAAAAAUUUUAUGCCGCCCGCGACAACGACAUAUACUCCAUUAUCCUCUUCAAUAACUUCCUAUGCGUUAUAGUUGUAAACUGCAUCAACUUUGACUUUGACUACAUCAGCGCCGAACUGAGCCUCGAAAUGAAAACAACAACACCAAAAGCACCAUCAGUCAGAAUGGAGGGCAACUUUGCUGCCUACUACGAGCAGCAACGGCUCCGGGCGAUUUCUGCCACCGAGGAAGCCAUCCGUGAGCGUCGCGCCAUCAGAGACACUUAUGAAUCCGUUCACACCACGCUGGGCGAACUGCCCAAACGAGUCGCCCAUCCCAUUAUGGUGCCGUUUGGGCGCAAGGCCUUCAUGCCGGGCAAGCUGGUCCACUGCAAUGAAUUGACUGUGUUGAUUGGAGACAAUUACUUUUUACGCCGUACAAGCUACCAAACGCAGGAUAUCAUCCAGCGACGCCUGACAGAGCUGGACAAGGCACUCGAGCAACUCCAGCACGAAAUGGAAGGUCUACAGCUGCGCUCGGACGUGAUGCACGAAGGCAAGGGUCAGGGCGCCAACACAGACUUUUUGGACAUUUGUGAGCCUCUCGAUGAGCCAUUCAACGAGCGACCUACCGGCAAGACCCAUGCCAACGAGCCGCCCGUGACCCAAGCACCUGUAAAAGCCGUUCAGCCUUCCCCAAACCCCACUUCUGGCACCAAGCCACCCCGACCUGCACCGCCACAGGCCAAAACCACACCCGCUGUGAGCUCGCCGGCUGCUGGCUCCGCGCCGGAGCAACCCGCCGAGCCAGUCUCGACCACAAACAACCAAGACAGCACACACCAAAAACAGGCAUGGGGCGAUGCCCUGGCUUCCUGGCUGGCGCGGGCAGCCGAGCUUGAGGCUCUGGAGGAUGAAUUGGACAGCGAUGACUACGAUGAGGAGGAAGGCCUGGAAGAGCGUGCCCGCCUCGAAAUGGCCGGUCUACAUGUUCCUGAGCGAACCCCCGCGCAACAAGCCGCCAUUCUGAACGACUUUGCCGAGUAUGAUAAGUUUAUGGACGAAGCUACUGCUCGGGCCGAGGCUGCCCAAUCCAGUCCUGCUAGCACUCGGUCAGCCCCCACAGCAAACCAUCCCACGUCGACGGCCAGCACAAAAACCAUCAAGUUUCGAAGCUCGGCGCCCAGUCAGCCCGUGACAUCAGCAACCACCUUGGCCAAGGCUCAGCCGCAGGCCCAAGUGGUUUUUGCAUCACCGGCUGACGUCGCAGCAGCGGCGGCAGGUGGAGGCUCAUCAUCUUCAGGCCCCGUGAAACGUGUCUCUUUUGAUGGGCAAGUCCAGCCAGAAAGUCACCCACCCCCGCCUCAUCGUUCGGGGUCCAUCCUAAAAAAUGUCCCCAUCCGUCCUGGCACCGUGCCCGAUCCGGUGCAAAAGCCCCAGCGCCCGCCCCCUCCCCGCGACCACUCCCACUCCGUGCUUUUAAAGGCUGCUGCAAGCCCAGCCACAGCCUCGGAUCAAUUUCACACCAAUGCCAGUGCAGCACCAUCACGACCCCCGCCGCCAAAUCGUGGUAACCCUGCCAUCGCCGGUCAAGUCGUUGAACGCGCGUCAGCCGGUGCCGUCACCGAGCGCGUCGCAGAACGCAAGGGCAAUCCUACCCUCCAGGGAAGAGUCAGCGAGCGUACCCCAACACAACGCGAUCCCAACCACCGUGACCUUGCUGGUCGAAGCGUUUUUGAGCGUGACAUGUCGACGCGCCAAAUUCUAACAGCCCAGGCUCAAGCGGCACUGGCAGAGACGGCCUUGCUCGAACGUAUGGCCCAUGAACAUGAUGAUGCGCCGUUUGUGCCCCCGGAAGACCCCGCGGAGGGUGUGCCCGUUGUUCAGGCAGGUGCUCUGCGGGCCCAGAAACCUGCCAAAAAGAAGGGUAGCCUCUUUCGCCAGCAGAUGCAAUCACAAUAUGUCAUGUGGUUGAUUGUGGUGUUAUCGGGUCUACUGAUCCUGCUCUCGCUCGUCUCUCUCUGUCUGGUCCGAUUCGUGAUCCAGACGCCUGAGCAAGGGGAGCAGCAGAACAUUGAUGCCCCUCAGCCACGCCAAGCAGCAGCCAUGCCUUCAGCUGAAGACGACCCACAGGCAACUCCACACCCAGAUGCAAGUUCCACGCCAAGCACAAGCCCGACCCCAGCGCCUACUCCUGCCAUGGAUUCGCUCACCAGCAUCAGCCUGCCCGUGUUCGGCUUUGUGCCCACCCCUAUGGGACCCGUCUAUGGCUACUGGUCAGCAAAGCAAGAAGCACGCGACCUCGCCGCUUUUGCUCCGCCGCCGCCCACGAUGUCCCGGGCACAGUCAAGAAGAGCCGGAGGCCUCUGGCCGUCCGAGCACACGAACAGAACGGCACGACUCGACGUGCCCUCUCCCCACCCUCGGCCCCCAGCCCCCUCGCCCAGAGGCACGCCAGCACCUUUGGAUGAUGCCAAUCAACCUCGCAUGUUUGAUCGUGUUCCGGAUGCGGCACUAGCUCUUCGAGCUUUAGCCGAAAGCCUGGACCUCAUUUUUGUGGCUUUUAUCGUUGCAGCGCUUGGUGCAAGCGAGCUUUUGCAGGUGGACCUUUCCGAGUACGUGGACGUGGAUCUCACGGAAAGGGAUGUGAUGGUUCUUCUCGAUACGCUCGUGACCAUGGCCAUGGACGACAUCAUCAUGUACUACCUCCUCUAUAUUCUGUACCAAGGUGCCGUGGCUUAUUAUUGA